CUGGAAGGUAUCCUAACAUGUGGUCUCUUGGUGGUUUCUAGGUAAAGAAUGGGGCUGAAAAAUACAUUGAAGCGGGUCGGCUCGGUAUUCCGUGCCAUCUUCACUUUCCUCUUUGCUCUCGUGGUGCUGGGCGUCAUGGUGUGGGCAUAUGUUAAAGGUUAUCAGCUGGUGACCUCCAUUUAUGGCAUCAUGUCCUUUGGCUUUUAUGGACUACUUCUGGCAUUCCACGUGUUGAUCCAGAGCUUCUUUGCCUUCAUCGAACACAGGCGAAUGAAAACCUACAGUGAACCGUGCACCUUCACCAAGACCAUCGGCUUCACCAUUUCAGCGUACCAGGAGGAUCCCGUCUAUCUCAGAGAGUGCCUGAACUCGGUGCGAGCGCUCGCGUAUCCCCCUGAACUGUUGCGUAUCAUCAUGGUGGUGGACGGGAACACAGCUGAUGACCUGUACAUGAUGGAGAUGUUCAAAGAGGUGUUUGCAGACCAGGAUCCUGGCUGUUACAUGUGGAAGAACAACUAUCACACGUGGGAUCCCAAUAAGGCCGAAGAGAAUGUGGAAAUGGCGAGUGCAACGGGCCCGGAGUACGAUGAUGACUUUGCAGCGGGUGAGGAUCUGCAGAGAAGAGAGGUCGAGCAGCUCAUCCAAACCAAGAGGUGUGUGUGCAUCAUGCAGAAGUGGGGUGGCAAGAGGGAAGUGAUGUACACGGCGUUUAAAGCGCUCAGCUCCUCGGUCGACUACAUACAGGUGUGUGACUCAGACACUAAGUUGGACCCCCUGGCCACGGUGGAGCUGUGUCGAGUAUUGGAGAGUAACCCCAAGUACGGUGCCGUGGGAGGAGACGUGAUGAUCCUCAACCUGAAAGACUCCUACAUCAGCUUCAUGAGCAGUCUCAGGUACUGGAUGGCUUUUAACAUUGAAAGAGCCUGCCAGUCCUUCUUCAACUGUGUGUCCUGCAUAAGUGGUCCACUGGGUCUGUACAGGAACGAUCUCCUUCAGCAGUUUCUGGAGUCCUGGUACAAUCAGAAGUUUUUGGGAACUCACUGCACGUUUGGUGACGACAGGCACCUCACAAACCGAAUGCUAAGCAUGGGCUAUGCCACAAAAUAUACAGCUCGAUCAAAGUGUUACACGGAAACGCCUUCACAGUUUCUUCGCUGGCUCAAUCAGCAGACUCGCUGGACAAAGUCUUACUUUCGCGAAUGGCUCUACAAUGCCAUGUGGUGGCACAAGCACCACCUGUGGAUGACCUACGAGUCUGUUGUCUCGGGUAUUUUCCCCUUCUUUGUGACCGCCACCAUCAUUCAGCUGUUCUGGACCGGCACCCUGUGGGACAUCCUCUGGAUCCUGUGCUGCAUCCAGCUGAUUGGACUGGUGAAAGCGUUUUAUGCCUGCAUCCUGCGCAGAAAUUUUGUGAUGGUCUUCAUGUCCCUCUACUCCACUCUGUACAUGACCAGCCUGCUGCCUGCCAAGUACUUUGCCAUUCUCACCAUGAACAAAAGCAGCUGGGGGACAUCGGGCAGGCGUAAGAUUGUGGGGAACUACAUUCCGCUGCUGCCGCUGUCAGUGUGGGCGGCGGUUUUACUAGGUGGGUUGUGUUACACCAUCUAUAGAGAGAGUCAAAAAAACUGGCAAACCCCAGCUAAAAUACUGGAGACUCAGUUCCUUGUCUUUGGCUGUUUGACGUACGUAUGCUACUGGUUGACUAUGAUGUUCCUUUACUGGGCGUGGUUUCGCAGAUUAUGUAGGAAACGCUCCCAAAAGUAUACCUUGCCCGUGUAGGGUCAGAAUGUCCAAACCAAAGGAGAACUUUUAUUUGUUCGACUUGAGUGAUGUUAUUUAUUUUGUCUCAGAUUACAGUAAACAGAUAUAGACCUUUAACACUGCUGCUAAGCCACGAAACUUAAAACAGUAAAUGCUGGUGAAAUGUUUGGUAUGAUCCAGAUUACAUACUUUUAAACAUCAAACUAGAACUUUUAGAAAAUGUAAGAACAUGUCAGUUAUAUACUGGGACGGCUGUGUU